GGAAGGCACGUCGCUGUAGCAAAUUGCAUCGGGAGGAGGCUCCAAAAUGGUUGCUCACACUCGUCGCCCUCUCGUCCCGCGAGCACAACGCGUGUGUGCAUGCCUCGCGUUGCGCCAACCCUGCCAUCGCCCCGAUGCGAGCUGAUCACUCCUUCUCUGUCUCUAUGUGUUUCUUCCUCUCUGCUCAUCUCUCCCUUCCACUGUUCUUAUCUCCUCAACAAGGUCGCCUACAAGGGCUCCGCUCCUACCCCCAUCGUCUGCUCUCUCUCUCCCUCUCUCUCGUCUGAUCGAUGGAUCUCUUGAACGCCAUCCUGAACCUUGUGGUGCCACCGGCCGGCAUGGUGAUGCUGGCCUUUGCAUGGCCGACGCUCUCCUUCCUCCAUGCUCUGGAGUGGUUCUUCAAGACCUUGUACAGAGAGAACAUGGAUAACAAGGUGGUCCUCAUCACCGGGGCUUCCUCGGCCAUCGGAGAGCAAUUAGCUUAUGAAUAUGCAAGAAGGAAAGCAAAUUUGGUUUUGGUCGCAAGGAGGGAGCAUCGGCUUUGGGGUAUCAGGGAGAAUGCUAGACUCCUGGGUGCCAAGCAUGUCCUUGUGAUGGCUUCCGAUGUUGUCAAGGAAGAGGAGUGCAGAAGAUUCAUAAGUGAUACUAUAAACUAUUUUGGCCAUUUGCAUCAUCUUGUGAAUGCUGCAAGCCUGGGGCAUAACUUCUACUUUGAAGAGGCCACAGAUUCUUCGGUGUUUCCACAUAUGAUGGACAUCAAUUUCUGGGGGAAUGUUUAUCCGACUUAUGUUGCCCUUCCAUACUUGAGGCAGACUCGUGGUCGAAUCCUUGUUAACGCAUCCAUGGAAAGCUGGCUUCCUAUGCCAAGGAUGAGCCUCUAUGCAGCAGCAAAGGCAGCUGUGAUAAGUUUCUACGAGACGUUGAGAUUUGAAGUCAAAGAUGAUGUAGGGAUCACAAUUGCAACCCAUGGGUGGACAGGGAGUGAUAUUAGCAGAGGAAAGUUUAUGCUUGAAGAAGGGUCAGAGAUGCAAUGGAAGGAAGAAAGAGAGGUGCCUCUCACAGGAGGGCAUGUCGAGGAGUUCGCAAAGCUGAUGGUUGCUGGGGCUUGUCGAGGUGACACAUACCUUAAGCAUCCAAGGUGGUAUGACAUCUUCAUGCUCUACCGAGUUUUUGCACCGGAUGUACUCGGUUGGACAUUCCGACUGCUACUAUCGGACCACAGAGUUAAGCCGACAAUUGGACGACCGCUGCUGGAGGCCUCGCCUCCUCGCAAGCUAUCAGCCUUCUCCCCUGGCUCUCCCCGGCUUCAACACAUAGUCGAAUAAAGCUUUUUAAGCUUCUAGGAUUGCAGUCUCCUCUUUAAGUUUCCUGGGUGAGAGUUGUUUCUUGAUCAAUAAUAGCUUCAAGUGAUGUUUUAGAGAGUUGUUUCCUUCCUCUUUCACAAGACUUGCAUGCAGCCAAUAAGUGUUCUGUAUUGGAAAUGUAUUCUGUGAUUUGACAGACUAGUUUAGAUUCAACCUGGCUUCUUUUAUGUUGAA